AUGGAAUGGCUCCUGUUGAGACCAGGUAUGGAAGUCUAUGUUGACCAGGGCCAUUCAGGCGACUAUGAACCUUACAUCUUCAAGAAAAUGACCUUUGGCAUGGUAAAUGGAAGGAUAACAGAUUGUUGUCAUUACUUUUGGAACAUGAAAGGCGGCAGACGGUACUUGCACGCCUGUAAUUCAUGGGAACUUUCGGCCAGCCAAGAUGGCGUAUUUGACAUUGCGGAUUGUUACAUAAUCCCUUGCCACUACGUGGAGCAACACGAGGACUUGAAAAUAAGGGGUCACACUGGGAAAGAGCUAAGAAAGUUCUUUGAAGAUCGCGGACAGUUGUACUUCAAGUUACAGAAAAAGGGGUGCUUCGAUUUUGAUGGUGUGAUAAGGACACCACCAAUCAGACCGUAUGUCGGACAGGUCAUGGUUGACCCCGACCAAUGGGAACUCGAUCGCAGAACGUACUAUUGGAGCGAGAAAAUGGACACUGAUGGCCAUAUUGGUAAAACUGUUGCAGCAUUUCGUAUCUGCAACUGCCGACGAUGA